AUGGGCAGGGCGAAGAGGUCCAUUGUACAGGCACUCAGGGCAGCUGCACUCGGAUACGCAUUAGGAUAUGAUACGCAGGGUGAUUUCAGUGUCGCAAUUGGCUACACUGCGGGACGCAACACGCAAGGUAUAUAUGCAAUAGGGAUAGGUGCAACUGCUGGCCAAACAAAUCAGGGCGACUACACGGUGGCCAUUGGUAGCAAGUCCGGCAACACCGACCAGGGCUUGAACGCUGUAGCUUUGGGUGAAAAUGCCGGCCAGACGAGUCAGGGAGCCUCUGGUGUGGCGAUUGGUGCAAAUGCGGGCCAGACGAGUCAAGGUGUGGAUGCCGUGGCCAUUGGUGCAGACUCGGGUAUAAAGGAGCAGGCCCUGUACGGCGUGGCAGUAGGGUACCAUACUGGGAUGGAGAUGCAGGGCGAAGGGGCGGUGGCACUGGGUAAGAACUGUGGUGAAAUGAACCAGCAAACCAACAGUGUGGCUGUGGGUGUUGGGGCCGGUAGAAACGACCAGGGUGAAAAUGGUGUGGCAAUAGGCUACACGGCUGGACGAAACGAGCAGGCGCUUGAUGGAACGGCAAUUGGACUUUCUGCUGGCAGAGAGAACCAAGGUGAGCGGGGUAUUGCCAUAGGUCGAAUGGCGGGAUCGUUAACCCAGGGGUACGCGGGUAUCGCGAUGGGGGCAAAUGCGGGUUUCGACACACAGGGUGAGAAUGCAAUUUCCAUUGGUCUCACGGCCGGGCGGAACACACAGGGUCUGGAUGCAACGGCAAUUGGGUCGUCCGCUGGGCGUGGAAACCAGGGCGAGAUCGCGAUUGCAAUCGGCCGACAUUCGGCAUAUGUCGAUCAAGGGUACGUGGCCAUUGCACUAGGGUCGAAUUCUGGAUACAACACGCAGGGUGCUGAGAGUGUUGCGAUAAGCAACAAUUCGGGGAAAACAAAGCAGGGGGACUUUAGCAUUGCCAUAGGAAGCCUUGCGGGUGAAACGAACCAGGCUGAGAGUAGCAUUGUCCUAAACGCAUCGGGGGCGGCACUGAACGCAGCGAGCGCGGGCUGUUUUGUCAAGCCGAUCCGUAACGCGUCGGGGCCCAACGCGAUAACGUACAAUCCUAGCACGGGCGAGAUUUCAUACUCGACGUCGAGUCUGGCGACCAAGGAGAAUGUGCGGGUGUUUGAACAGGACGCGGAGUCUGCACUGCAGAAAUUGGCGGUAAAGGAAUUCAACUACAAGAACAAGAAUACGUACAACAAGCGGGUGCUAACGUACGAGGCAUGGGCUGCCGAGCAGACAAGGCACGGUGGAGAUUCGGAUGUAAACGUUGACGUUGGAGACGAGUGUGUAGAAAAACCUAGUCUAAAAACUCAGUACGAUAGGUACCUGGCUAAAAUCGCGAACACGGUUGUUGAGAAGGAGGAGACGCACUUUGGGUUCAUUGCCGACAAAGUGCAGGCUAUUAUGCUGGAGCUCGUGUACAAUGAUAUUGACGUUGCGGCAGUGGAUAUCAAGUUGAAUAAUAUGACGGCCAUGCUGGUGAAGCAGUACCAGGCGAUGGCUGUGGAGCUUGCGGAUACGAAGCAGCAGUUGGCGGAAAUAAAAGCUGAACAAGCCCAGAGUACUACUAUGUAG